AUCGGACGUGUAGGUUUUAUAUUAUUGGAACCUACAUUGGAAAAUGUUUUUAAUUUGGACAUUCAUCGUGGCUGUUCUGGCGAUCCAGACCAAAAGUGUUGUUGCACAAUCAUGCCGGACACCGAACGGACUUAACGGUAAUUGCGUAUCCGUGUAUGAAUGCCAGGCACUCCUGGCCAUAUUAAAUAAUCAGAGGAGAACCCAGCAAGAUGAGAAGUUCUUGAGGGACUCCCAAUGCGGCACCAAGAAUUCAGUUCCUGCUGUUUGCUGUCCAUGCAACGCAGCUGAUGGUCAGCAAGGGAAUUGUGUCAACAUAAAUUCAUGUCCGUACGUUCUUCAAUUGCUGAAGAAUCCGAAUGAAGCGAAUCUAAAUUACGUCCGGGGAUCUGUUUGUCAAGGAUCAGAACAACAGAGCAUAUGCUGUGUUACUGCGCCACAGUCGACGGCAGUGACCACGACCCCCAGACCGAAGCGGGUGCACGCCUGCCAGAGCGAGAUGACUGCCACCCCCCCUAAUCCGGAAGGGAAGUGUUGCGGCCGGGACAUAGCCGUCGGAGACAAAAUCGUUGGUGGUGCGCCCGCAUCCAUCGACUCGUAUCCUUGGCUGGUGGUCAUCGAGUAUGUGAGGCUCGAGAGGACGAUGCUGCUCUGUGGCGGGGCGCUCAUCAGCGGGAAGUACGUGCUCACUGCCGGUCAUUGCGUGAAAGGAGCGAUCUUGGAUGUAGGCACGCCGAAAACAGUGCGUCUCGGCGAGUACAACACGACGAACCCGGGCCGUGAUUGCGUGUCCGUAUCAGCGGGCGGCACGGAUUGCACGGACCCAUUGGUCAAGAUAGGCAUUGAGAAGACCAUACCUCACCCCGACUAUCAGCCCUAUCAUUUUCUUAGGAAACACGACAUCGGGUUGAUCAGGCUGCAAAGCAUCGCGCCUUUUACAGAUUUCAUCAGGCCUAUAUGCUUGCCGAGUACAGAUUACACAGUGAACCCGCCAAGUAAAUUCGCUCUGACCGUGGCUGGCUGGGGACGAUACUUGCAGUUCGACAAUGGGACAGUUAGAAGCAGCAAGAUCAAGCUUCACGUAACACUGCCUUUUGUACAACGAGACGUCUGCGAAGCAAACCAGAAACCAUUGCGCAAUGGCCAAAGAAUAACAUUGUGGAAGGGACAAAUGUGUGCCGGCGGUGAAGCAGGUAAAGAUUCUUGUAAGGGUGACUCGGGUGGUCCUCUUAUGUAUGAACAUUCCAAAAAAUACGAAGCAGUCGGUAUUGUGAGCUUCGGACCCGAAAAGUGUGGCCAGAUCGAUAUACCUGGAGUUUACACAAAUGUUUAUGAAUACCUGCCAUGGAUACAAAAUACAAUUGAACCUUGAGAUGAGCGUAAAAUUACUGCAUAAAUGUAACUAAUAAAACCAUUAAAUUUACUAAUGCUU